UUUGUUCCCAGUUUUUUUUUUCUCUCUCUCUCUGAGGAACUGUUUGGUUACCAUCGCAACGACUACAACGCCACCCACGGAUAACUACCAGACCCGAUGUUCCGAUGUUAGAUCGAACAUCCGUUGCCAUGAUGACGCGCAGUCUGCCGCAGAGACACCCUUGGUUAUGCAAGCGUAACUUGCCAGCCACGAAUUUUGCCCCAUUGCGCAGUGCGACCUACCCAGUGCUGGAUGUACAUCUUCGUGUUCCAAAUUUUUUUUGGAAACAUUUGUUAUUUAGAACCAAGAAUUACGUAAAAUCAGUGUAAGAUUAGAAUUACGAGUGGUGUAGACGACGAACCUUUCCCGGUCGGGUGCUCCCACCAACCAUGGUGCAUCUCGAUCCGCUGCGGCUAUGCCGCAAAAAGCGCAAACUACCGCAGGGUGGCGCCAUCCUCGACCAGGUGAUAUCGCAGUCCGCGUCCGCCUCGAACCAGUGUCUCCUGUACAAGAUGGCCAACUACAAGCGGGGCGGCGAUCUGAUCGACGCGUUCCAGAUCGGCGGCCAGAAGGCGGUGGAGCAGCUGAUCCGCGAGCAGUUCGGCGUGUUCAUGUACAACAAGGGCCGGGGCCAGAUCAUCAACCGGGCCGAGUACCUGCGCUGGAAGUACAUGGACAACCAUGAGGUCAUCAUACCGAUCGAGGCCUCCCUGUCGCCGCACGACCCGCUCAGCAAGUGGGACGACCAUAAGGCCUGCUGGCAGAUGCAGUACCGGGGCCUGCUGGGCGAAAGUCUGCUGCACGUGCUCAUCAUCUGCGACACGAAGGUGCACACCAAGCUGGCCCGCAUCCUGCUGCGCGUCUUCCCGGAGCAGUCGAUCGACGUGAUGGAGGGCGAGGAGUAUCUUGGCGCGUCCGCCCUCCACCUAGCCAUCGCGUACAGCAACAACGAGCUGGUCGGUGACCUGAUCGAUGCCGGCGCGGACGUGUCGCAGCGGGCGACCGGGCGCUUCUUUCUGCCCCGCGACCAGCAGGGCCUGCGGCCGGCCAAGACGACCGACUACGAGGGGCUGGCGUACCUCGGCGAGUACCCACUGGCCUGGGCGGCCUGCUGCGCGAACGAGUCGGUGUACAACCUGCUGCUCGAGUGCGGCGCCGACCCGAACGCCCAGGACAGCUUCGGCAACAUGAUCCUGCACAUGGUGGUCGUGUGCGACAAGCUGGACAUGUUCGGGUACGCCCUGCGCCACCCGAAGCUGCCGUGCAAGAACGGCAUCGUGAAUGCGGCCGGCCUGACCCCGCUUACGCUCGCCUGCCGGCUCGGCCGCGACGAGGUGUUCCGCGAGAUGUUGGAGCUUUCUGCGCGCGAAUUCUGGCGGUACAGUAACAUCACCUGCUCGGGCUACCCGCUAAACGCGCUGGACACGCUCAUGCCGGACGGCAGCACCAACUGGAAUUCGGCCCUGUUCAUCAUCCUGAACGGCACGAAGGAGGAGCAUCUGAACAUGCUGGACGGCGGCAUCGUCGAGCGGCUGCUGGACGAGAAGUGGAAAACGUUCGCCCGGAACCAGUUCAUCAAGCGGCUGCUCAUCCUCGCGAUACACCUGUUCUGUCUGUCCUGCUCGGUCUACCUGCGCCCGGUCCGCGUGUUUGCUGAUGACGAGGGCGAGGAGGGCGGAGACGCAACCGAUGACGAUGGUGCGGACGAUGGUGGGCCGAUGGCGGUGGACGCGGUCGACGACGACAUCGACCUGACGACCUGGGUGCGGUACGGCUUCGAGGUGGCCACGGUGAUGGGCGUGCUGAGCUACGUCGUACUGCAGCAGGGCGACGAGAUCAAGAAUCAGGGCUUCUUCUCCUUUCUCAAGUCGCUGAGUCAAGCACCGGCGAAGGCGAUUUUUCUGAUAUCCAACAUCCUGAUCCUGGCCUGCAUACCGCUGCGCAUGAUGGGCGACACCGAGACGGAGGAAGCCAUCCUGCUGUUUGCCGUACCGGGCAGCUGGUUUCUGCUAAUGUUCUUUGCUGGUGCGAUCGGACUGACCGGACCGUUCGUGACGAUGAUCUUCUCCAUGAUCACGGGCGACAUGUUCACGUUCGGCAUCAUCUACAUGAUCGUGCUGUUUGGCUUUUCGCAAGCGUUCUACUUCCUCUACAAGGGCCACCCGAACGCGGAGGACAGCCCGUUCGGCAGCUAUUUCGGCACGUGGAUGGCGCUGUUCCAGACCACGCUCGGCGACUACGAUUACGCCGAUCUGAACCUCACCACCUACCCGAACCUGGCGAAGACGGUGUUUGUCAUCUUUAUGAUCUUCGUGCCGAUCCUGCUGCUGAACAUGCUGAUCGCGAUGAUGGGCAACACGUACGCGUACGUGAUCGAGCAGGCGGAGAAGGAGGGCAUGAAGCAGUGGGCGAAGAUAGUGGUCAAUCUCGAGCGGGCGGUGACGCAGGACGACGCGAAGCGCUACCUGGAGGAGUACUCGAUCGGGCUCGGACCGUCGGACGAUCCGCGGUACGAGACGCGCGGCGUCAUGGUGAUCAAGAGCAAGAGCAAGACGCGGGCCCGCCAGCGCAAGGGCGCAGUGAGCAACUGGAAGAGCGUGCUGCGCGUCACGCUCAACGAGCUGAAGAAGCGCAGCAUGACGGGCGAGGAGCUGCGACGCAUCAUGUGGGGCCGCUCGUCCAUCACGUCGCCGGCGAAGAUCGCGAAGAAGAAGCGGCCGGGCGAGGUGGACGAUCUACUCGGCGAUCCGUUCGCGAUAACGGCCGCGAUCGACGUGAUGUCGUUCACGCAGGACAUCGUGAUGGUUAGCACGGACACGGUCUGCCCGAUCACGAUACCGCCAGCGGCUGCCCCGGGCACGGCGGCCCCGAAGGCUGGUGGCACCAAACCGGUAGUAGUGGCACCGCCGCCGCCAGCAGCAGCAGCAGCAGUGCAGCAACCACCGCCGCCAGCGACGACGCGGCGCCACUCGACGGCAAGCGCACCGGCCACGAUGGUGGGGCUGGGCGUGGAGGCGGCCCUGCCCGACUACAAGGAUCCGCUGCGCGAGCUCGUCAUCAUCUCCGAGUCGGCCUCGGUCGACGAGAACUACGCGCAGAACGUGAAAACGCUCGCGAUCGACGCGUCCACGCUCGACCACGUGCACGAGAUCGACAUCAGCGCGAUGCCAACGCCCGGGCGGCGCGAUCCACUGGCGCAGCCCGCACCGGCCGGUAUGCAGCAGCAACAGCAGCAGCAGCAACAGCAGCAGCAACAGCAACAGCCCCAGCAACCCCAGCAGCAGCAGAAUCUCGGCCAGCUGACCCUCUUCCAGAACCCGAAGGACGUCGUGGAUCCGGUGCGGGAGCGCGAGUUUCUCAAAACGCUCGAAGCGCUCGAGGACACGGACAGCGAGGCGGGCGAGAAGCCCGUCCUCGGCAAGAUCUCGCUGAUCCGGCGGGCCAAAUCGGCCGUCUCGCGCAGCACGUCGCGCAAGCGCAAAACCGACCAGCACCCGCUGUUCAUGAUCGCGUGGGAGGACAAGGGCGACCAGCAGCGGCACAGCACAGCGCUGUACGAUGGCGCGACGGGUGCGGCCCCGUCGGUCGGUGCGCCCGGCGAGCUGGGGCAGCCGGAGCAGCCCGAGGACGCCGUCACGGUCGAGGAGCUGCACCGGCGGAUGGAGCAGUUCCACCAGCGGGCGUCCGUGCGCGAACGGGACGCGAACUCGAGCGAGAGCGGCAGCGGCAAGCAGCACGCCGGCCCGAAGGCACGGAAGCCGUCCCACCAUCGGGACGGUGGCGGCUCCCAUCAUCACCAUGGGCUCGGGCGGGGCAAGCACAACAAGAUAUCGCCCGACAACUCGAACGAAAGUACGGGCGGUGGCGGCGGCGGUGGCGGCGCCAGUGGCCACGGGCGCAAGCAGGACAAGCGCAUGAAGUCGGCCCCGAUACUGGGCAGCGGCGGUGCGGGCAGUGCCGGUAGCAGUGCCGGCGGGCGGACGGUGGCGCCCGGUAGUGCCCGACCGGACGAUGGUACCGGGUCGCCGCCGGACCCGCUCGAACCGUGGAGCACCAAGAACAUCAUGAACAUCAACAAGCUGCUGGACCAGGACACGACCGAAGAGUAGCGCGAUGCAGUGAGUGUUCUGUGCCGGGAGAGAUACAAAGAAAAGGAGAUUUCAUUAUUGAAAUUGUUAUAAUUGCACGCAAACAGGGGUUCUUUGCGCCCAAGGUCGAUGGUACCGCUUUUUCGAUUUUUUUUAAUUUAUUUUGUGACGUCAGCAUUUCAUGUCUUUUUCAUGCUGAAAACGUCUUUUUCGACAUUCAAUACGUCACAAAAUAAAUCGAAAAAGUGUGUCACAGACUUUCAGCGAAGGGUAAACAACCCUGUAUCCAUUAUCUUAUAUAAUUACCUACUUUUUGUGUCUUUAACGUAAUUGUUGUGGAGCUGGAGUGUUUAGCAACCUUUCACUUAAACGAAACUUUUUUGUGCAUCAUUACUUUUUUGGAACAAAAAACUAUAAUAGAGUAGAUGUGUGCAUCAUGUGAAACUCUUUUUCGUCUAUUACCUACAAUUGAUGCAAUAAAACUAUUAUCGGCACAUACUACCAACACGUCACUUUAAAUUGCCCAAUAACAGGUAAUACACGCCUUACCAUAAAAUAAAAAAGGCAAUUACUGCACGGGCUUUGCGGAAUAGAAUAGUAUGGGGAAGGUAGGUAAAGACGGACACUACGGGUAAGAUGGGCACUUCGCAUAAGUCCAUGAUGAAAGUAAUGAUCGAUCGAAACUGAAAGUAAAACAGCACGUUUGAGAAUAUUGUUGACCUAAUGUAUGCAAAAUUGCUUAAAUUCUCGAAAAAAAAAACAAUUUGCAAUCUGAAGCAAACUCACGACUCCGAUCCGACUUCGACUAUUGUUCGUCCGCUUCCGAUUCCGGCGAAAUCGGAAUCACUAGUUCCAACCGGAGUUGGAGUCAUUCGGAGUUGUCCCGAGUCGUCCAGAGUCAUCCGGAGUCGUUCGGAGGCGUCCAGAGUCAUCUGUAGUCAUCCAGAGUCGUCCGGAGUUAUACGGAAUCACAUGGAGUUAGCCGGAGUCGAAGUCUUCUAAAGUUGGAGUCAUCCGGGUUAGGAACCAUGCGAACUUGUCCGGAGUCAUCCGGAGUCAUCUGAAGUCGUUCCGAAUUGUCCGGAGUCGUCCAAAGUCGUCUGGAGUCUACCAGAGUCGUCCGAAGUUGGCCGUGUUAUCAGGCAUUUCAUUUCUGUGUGUUUUGCGUGCAAAUAAUGAUAUUGGGAAGAUAUCCAGGAACCAUCCAGGAACUAGAAAAAAGCAUUUUAAUAUGCUACAAACGGAACACGUGUCAAAAUAGCAGCCAUUCACGAAACCCAAUAUCUUGCCAUGACUUGGACAACUUUGAUCAACAAAAAGGCAUUGAUAUGACAUCGUUCAGAAAUAGAUGAAAGAUUCUAUGAGAUUACAAAGAUCAACAAAAAAAAGUCUUAUUUUGAAUUGGUGGGAAAAAUUACCUACUAAACAAGUCCAUCAAACAUGCUAGGAUCACGAAUUUUAGUAAUUUCCUAAAGGGAUGUUCUAGACUGAUGUUCGUUAAGCUUGAGCAAACUGUCCGCUGUUAGUGCCCAAUAUUUCAAUAAUACUUUCGGUUCUGCAUUCUAGGAGGUGUUAGAAGCGGCGCUUACAAUUUCAAAAUUCAGGGCUAAAAUGAACCUUCGUUACAUUUGGUUUAUGUACGUGGUUAUUUAAGAAUCGAUGUAUGUACGUACCAGGACGUGGAAAGCAAUAGGAUUUGUUAAAAUUAUGUCAUUAUGGUCACAUAUCAGGUCUCCGUCGUACCCGUACAUUUUAAAGCUGCACGAAAAAAAAAAAUGUUUUUAAGUCAUGGCAAACAUACAAACUUAAACAACAUAAACAUCUGUAAAAUCUUUAAAGUUUCAACACAUUUUCCGAUACAACAUGAGUGUAGAAUAAGGUAAGUAGAUUUUCAUGGUCGUUGUGAUUAUAUCUCCCUACAUUAUUUUUACAUUAUGUUCCUUAACGUGUCCGUCUUUAACACCUUCCCCUAAAAGUGGUAUAAAAUAAUGAUGAUUCAAAGCAGUAGUAUUGUUGUAGCAGCAACGGCUAAGUUUGUGAAUAAUUUUAAAAUAUACAUACAUUUUUUGGGUACGACCCCUUUCUUGCGUUCAUCGACAAGCGUAAGCGUGAAACAUUUUUGUUCCCAAUAAGAACUCGUGAUCAUUUUGAGAGUUCCAAUACUAAGAAUCUUUAAAUAUCAACCUUUUUUCAAAAGAGGCAGGUAUAAGUGUGGAGAAAAGGUGUGAGGAAGGUGACACAUUAACUGCCAGUUAAUGUCUCGCCAAGUCGUACAAAAUUCGAAAAAAGCCUGAGCAGACCGUGAGCGCGUCCACUCCACGUCCAGAUACAGGGUUUACCAAGCCAAUCCGCCAUCGUCAAAGUGUUUUCAGUCGCUGUAAAUACUUUUUCAGACGACGGAAACCCUCAAUUGGCCACUGUAUAAGCAUAAAACAUAGCGCAGCGUAUGGAAACACAACGAACCAAAUACUGGCAAAGCGGCCGAUUUUGUAUGGCUAAAAGUGAAUUGAGAGGAUUAAAAAAAUGGGGAGAUUUAGUAACAGUCACCGUAUAAUUAAGGUUGAUGUUAAAACAUUAAAAUCUUUAAAAAAUAGGAAAUAAAUUUCGAAUGAAAAAGGCUUCAAUGUUCCUGUUUGGAAUUAGUUAUUUUUUUACCAAACUACUGCCGGAAGGCCACACACGAGAAAACAGGGAGGGAAAGGUGUUGUUUUUGAGUGGAAAAAAGUAACAUCGAAUAAAGCUGGAAAUAAAUUUAACCUUCAGGAUAAUUUAAUCAACCUGUCGCUGCAUACUACACGCGCAAAACCACCAUUCAUACGUUCUCUCAGGUAAAAAUGAAAGACAAGCCGUUGACGUGUUUCCGUGUGUGUUUUGUGUCGCAUUUGUAUAGCAUAAUGUAUUCUCAACAGAUUUUAGAACGCGCGCGUUACAGAGGGCCCCUGUUGCAUUGCUGCUGGCAGCAACAGAGGCUGUCCCCACAGUUUUUGUUUGUUACUAGAUUCUCUUGCUUUUGCGUUUCUUUUCUUUUUUUUUUGGAACCGGUACUUAUAUAUCCACAGAUGCGUGUUAUUAUUAAUCCUUUUUUUUCUGCUCUUUUCUGACACUGACGUUUUGCGAACAAGGUUAAGAAAACCUUGCUGCCACCGAACCGAUACCGUCUUCUCUAGGUCUAUCUCUCUCCUUUGGGUUGGGUUUAGAGCAAA